CGGUCGCGGAAGCUGAGCGGAGUCACGGAAGCCUGGGAGACUGUUCUGGGGCCGGGAGGUCCGGGCAGGUGUCCGGCCACCAGCUGACAAAAGACUGCGUCGUGUUGCCGGUUUCGCAGGCACCAUGAGCCAGGACGCCGAGGUGGACAUGAAGGAAGUGGAGCUGAACGAGCUGGAACCCGAGAAGCAGCCGAUGAACGCGGCGUCGGGGGCGGCUGUGGCUGUGGCCGUGGCGGGCGGUACCGAGAAGAAUGGUCUGGUGAAGAUCAAGGUGGCCGACGACGAGGCGGCCGCGGCCAAGUUCACAGGCCUGUCUAAAGAGGAGCUGCUGAAGGUGGCAGGCAGCCCCGGCUGGGUGCGCACCCGCUGGGCGCUGCUGCUGCUCUUCUGGCUCGGCUGGCUUGGCAUGCUGGCGGGCGCCGUGGUCAUCAUCGUUCGGGCGCCGCGCUGCCGCGAGCUGCCCGCAAUGAGCUGGUGGCACAAGGGCGCCCUCUACCGCAUUGGCGACCUUCAGGGCUUCCAGGGCCGCGACGCAGGCGACCUAGUGGGUCUGAAGGGGCGGCUUGAUUACUUGAGCACCCUGAAGGUAAAAGGUUUUGUGUUGGGCCCAAUUCACAAGAACCAGAAGGAUGACCUCACAGGGACCAAUUUGGAACAGAUCGCCCCCACUUUUGGCUCCAAGGAAGAUUUUGACAGUCUCCUGCAAUCGGCCAAGAAAAAGAGCAUCCGGGUCAUCCUAGACCUCACUCCCAACUACAAGGGCCAGAACUUGUGGUUCCACUCCACUCAGAUUGACACUGUGGCCACCAAAGUGAAGGAGGCUCUGAGGUUUUGGCUGCAGGCUGGUGUGGAUGGAUUCCAGGUCCGGGAUGUGGGGAAUCUGACAGAUGCGUCUUCAUUCUUGGCUGAGUGGCAGAACAUCACUAAGAGCUUCAGUGAAGAUAGGCUCUUGAUUGCAGGCACAGACUCCUCCGACCUUCAGCAGAUCCUCAGCCUGCUCGAAUCCACCGAGGACCUGUUGUUGACCAGCUCUUACCUGUCAACCUCCAGUUUCACUGGGAAGCAUACGCAUUUCCUGGUCACCCAGUAUUUGGACGCCUUUGGCAGCCGCUGGUGCAGCUGGAGUUUGUCUCAGUCGGGGCUCCUGACUUCCUUCGUGCCACCUCAGCUCCUCCGACUCUACCAGCUGCUGCUCUUCACCCUGCCAGGGACCCCAGUUUUCAGCUAUGGAGACGAGAUUGGCCUAGAGGAAGCUGCCCUUCCUGGACAGCCUGUGAAGGCCCCGGUCAUGCUGUGGGAUGAAUCCAGCUUUCCCAACACUUCGGGACCUGUAAACACCACCAUGACUGUGAAGGGCCAGAGUGAAGACCCUGGCUCCCUCCUCUCCCUGUUCCGAUGGCUGAGCGAUCAGCGGGGUGAGGAGCGCUCCCUGCUGCACGGAGAUUUCCACGCGCUCUCCUCGGGGCCCGGCCUCUUCGCCUAUAUCCGGCAAUGGGACCAGAGCGAGCGCUUCCUCAUAGUGCUCAACUUUGGGGACGUGGGCCAGCCUGCCGGGCUGGGCGCCUCCAGCCUGCCUGCCGGCACCAGCCUGCCAGCCAGUGUGGAUCUGCUGCUCAGCACCCGGCCAGGCCGCAAGGAGGGCGCCCCUCUCGAGCUGGAGCACCUGAACCUGGAGCCCCACGAGGGGCUGCUGCUCCGCUUCCCCUACCUGGCCUGACCUGGGCCCACUCCCCGCCCCGCCCUGCCCCUCCCCAGGCCCUUUGACCUCUGGUUGUUCUCUCUCUCUCUCUCUCUUCUUUUUUUUUUAAACUGUUACAGAUGAGCCCCAAAAUAGGGUGUUUUCUGGUUUCAAAUAAAAGUCACCCCUACCUGG